CCAAUUUCGAAUAGGAACGUGCAAUAUCUCGAUCUCGUAGUGUAUCUACGGGCUCACAUUUGAAUUAUUCGUCCAUUACCCUAUAUACAUUAUGUAUUGUGAUUAAACAGUACGUGCAAACGCAUUAUUCAGUUGUAUCUACUUAAGCUUAUCCAGGUCGGUUGGACAGAAACAUGGAUAAUAACUUGCCGGGGUCUGGCGGGUCCAAGGGGGGAUUUGGUAGUCUUUUUGGGGGUGCGGCACCUGAAUAUUCCAACACUGAGCUCGCCGGAGUGCCAUUAACAGGAAUGAGCCCCCUCUCCCCUUAUCUGAACGUGGACCCCCGAUACCUAACGCAGGACAGCGAUGAGUUUAUCCUGCCCACGGGAGCCAAUAAGACGCGUGGGCGGUUUGAGCUGGCCUUUUUCACCAUCGGGGGCUGCUGCAUUACAGGGGCUACGUUCGGAGCUCUCAAUGGCCUUCGCAUGGGGCUGGCGGAGACGAGAGACAUGGCAUGGUCCAAGCCUCGAAACGUACAGAUCCUGAACCUGGUGACGCGGCAGGGGGCCACGUGGGCAAACACGCUGGGCUCGCUGGCGCUGCUGUACAGCGUGUUCGGCGUGGUGAUCGAGAAGGCCAGGGGGGCGGAGGACGACCUCAACACGGUGGCGGCCGGGACGAUGACGGGAAUGCUCUACAAGUCCGCAGGAGGGCUGCGCGGGGUUGCCAGGGGCGGCCUGGCGGGCCUGGCCAUUUCGGGACUGUACGCCCUCUACAGCAACUGGGAUCACCUGAAGGGCCGCUCCCCCACCCACUUCUAAACCCGCGGGUACCCAGAGGGUCCCCCCCCCCGCCCCGCCUCUCCCCUCUGCCUGCACCAAUCAUGCUUAAACCCAGAGGCAGCUAUGGGCAGGUGUGCACUAGCUUCAGAGGUGUGGACGGAAGAGACAGUCCCAGGCUUUGUCCAUAAGCCCAGAAAACGCUGUGUAUUUACGUGACGUGGUCAUGGCGCUGCUUGACUGCUUGAAGAUGAGGACAAAUAUUAGAUGAAGAAGGCCUAUUUGCGGUGAGAUGGUUUACACCCCCCUCCGCUCCCCCCCCCGUUCCCCCUCCCCGCUGCUGCUCAUCCCUCAUGUGAUGAUUGUGACAUCAUGGUUCUCAUCUCAUCAUGAAUAAGAGCAUUGCUGCAGUCAUGCCACGGGCGUGUCCUUUACAGACAGACCCCACACAGUGUCUGUGACUGCGCAUCCUUUGGCUGACGCGCUGCAUUGUAAACAUCGACCCUGCUCUGGAAAGACCCAAGUUUUGCGAGCGUGUCGAUACUAGAAACGUCCUGACUGUGUCGACUGACUGGUGUAUGAAGGCGUAUGCCAUCCUGACCACCCCACUGAUCUCGCUCACUUUGUGGACUCAGUGUUGUUGCAUGGCAAUGGUCUCCAGGUAACACUUGACCUGGGGGCCCCGGUGUUCCGGCUGGCACUUGACAUUCUUUUCCUGGUCAGUCCAUUUCAGGUCCGUUGAAUGAAAAGGGGGGGGGGGGGGGUGGGCGGAGAUCUCUGCACUGGUGGUAAUAUGUUGUAACUCAAUUAAACAAACCUGGUUUAAAAGUUUGUUUUUGUUGAAUUGUAUUUGUUGUGGGUGCGAAUGUUCUCCUUAACCUACGGUCAGUCACAUGUGCCGAGGAUGAAGGGCAUACUAUGCCAAAAAUAAAACCUGAAUCAAUAUCAGAGAUAA